AUGGACAUGGAAGGGUUUGCCAAAAUACCUGAUCGGUCUGCUCGAAGCUGCCCUCUGGAUGGAGAUUGGAGAUGUGCAACGAAUUCCUGUUUUCCCGAUGCCAUCACUGGUGCCAUUAUCGAUGGGUGUGUUGACUGUCUUUACUCCAUGGAGGAGAAUGGUCUCUUGCCCGGUGGCGUGGAGGGCGGCGAUCCGGAGUAUAACUGCACGGGAUAUGCUAUGACUUCGAUCGCGAUUGCGAGUGAGAUUCUCGCCAUGCAGGCGGACUACAAAGGUGCCGACCUUGUUCCGUAUCGCGAGAUCCUCGAGCUCUUCAUCGGACGCCAGAUCGACAAUAAAUUGGGCCCCAUGGCGCCGUCCACGGUCGACAAUCGCUUCAAUCAUGGAAAGCCGAUCCUUCAGAUUGCUAGGGUUUUCACGGAGACGCUCGCUCUCCUCACUAACCGGCAUGAACACUGCAAUCCGGACGUGGAUGACCGUAUUUCGACGAUGCUUCAGGGUAAUGUUGGGUAUGAAUUGUGCCGGCGGGCGGAUAAGGCCAUAGUGGAAUGGGCGCGGAGGUAUGGUAUCGAGCUUGCAGAUGCCCAUGUUCAUGCCGAUGACGAGGAAGAAGGAACGGUGUGGCAUGCGCUUUGCCAAAACCCAAUUGGCGAGACCCUCUUUGACGAUUUUGCUCGCCGUUCCAAGUACCACCCGGGCGAUGCAGCCGGCGGCCGGAUUCCGCUAUACGAGGCCAUCAAAAGAGACCGGGUCGACAUGGUCGAGUGGUUCGUCCGUCCUGCGCAGCGACCACAGAAUGUCUGGGAUAGCCAGGACCCGAAGAGGGUGUAUGAAUCACCGAUCGAUCUGGCCCUCACACACAACACGGGCCAGGCUUCGACCUGUCUGUAUCUGUUGAUCCAGAGUCCGGACCACCUGGAGUAUAUGAAGAACCGGUUUGGGGACGCAGAUGGCGCUAAUGAUGCAUAUCGAGCAGGGCUGGUUCGCAAACUGAUCGACCAUUUCCACACCUCGGAGGCUGAGACGCGCGAGAAGGCGAAGGCUGUCAAUAUCGAGAAGUCGCUGGUUGAGCUCGAGAUCCGCCGACUGAAACAAUUCACCCUGCUGAAACUUAAGGCAUUGACGAGCAGAGCCAGCAAGAAUUGGAGGGCGACCGCCGAGGCAGAGCGCUGCCGAGAAAUGUGCGAGAAGGAAGACUCGCCGGCCGCGUAUCUGCUCAAUUUUGUCACGCCCGGCGGGCCACACUGGCGAUUCCAGCGUCGAUAG